AACAGUGAACACGCUAACAUGAUGUCAAUGAGAUCACUCUUCUGUCUGUUCUGUGGCGCUUUAGCAGCAGCAGCUCAGUCUGAGUUAAACUGGAGGAUUCAGUCUGCGGACCAGAGACCAGAUCCACCUGAAGUCCAGGAGCCAGCAGCCGUCCAACAGGAGAAGCAGUCAUUCCACCAACCUUUAACAUGGAGGUAUCCGGAGCCGCCGGCUGAGGAGGAGCCUCGCUAUCCUCAGGAUUUUGAGCUGAAAGCUCCGACAGCGGCCGCCAGUGUCGGCGCCGUCUGCGGGGAGAGCUCUGUCCGGGUGGAGGCCAAGAAAGACCUGCUGGGGAUCGGUAAACCUGUCCUGUCUGCGGACGUCACGCUGGGAGGGUGUCCUGCCACAGGAGAGGAUCCUGAAGCUCAGGUCCUGGUGUUUGAGUCGGAGCUGCACGGAUGCGGCAGCCAGCUGCUGAUGUCCGAGGACUCGUUCGUCUACGUCUUCAUGCUGAUCUACACCCCCAGUCCUCUGGGAGACAGUCCCAUCGUCAGGACCAGAGACGUCUCUGUCCGCAUCGAGUGUCACUACUCGAGGAAGCACGAUGUGAGCAGUGCGAUGUUGAAGCCGACCUGGACUCCGUUCAGUGACACCAAAGUUUCAGAGGAGAAUCUGGACUUCUCCCUCAGACUCAUGACUGACGACUGGCAGUUUCCUCGUCCUUCCACCCAGUUCCUGCUGGGAGACAUGAUGAAGUUUGAAGUGUCAGUCAAACAGUUUCAUCACGCCCCUCUCAGGGUGACGGUGGACAGCUGUGUGGCCACCGUGGUCCCAAACAUCGACACCGUCCCUCGAUACGUCUUCAUGGGAAACAACGGGUGUCUGUUUGACAGUCAGCUGACGGGCUCCAGCUCUCGGUUCCUGCCUCGGUCUCAGGACGACAAGCUGCAGUUCGAGGUGGAGGCGUUCAGGUUCCAGCAGGACGAAAGCGGCGUGAUCUACGUCACCUGCAGCCUCAGAGCCACAGCAGCUACUGCAGCUGUUGACAUCGCCAACAAGGCCUGUUCAUUCUCCAACGGGUGGAUGGAGGUCAGUGGCAGCCAUCACGCCUGUUCCUGCUGCGACACAGACUGUGGGACAGGAAGCCAGAGUCACCUGACCGGGACAGGUUCUCGGUGGGAACAGGAAACGGCUGUCGGGCCGAUCGUGGUGAAGGAGAGACCUCUACAAAGAAAAAUAAACGACUGAAUGAAGAG